CCCAGACCUCCUAGUCCUAGCUAGACGAUCCGGCGCCGGCGAGGAGGCCAUGGCCAUGGCGGCGACAGCGGGGCUGUGGGCGGAGGUGCCGGUGCGGCUGGACUGGGCGACCGUGGCCGCGCAAUGUUCAUUGGCCGGGGAGCAAGCGCGGGCGUUCCUGGUGGUGCCGGCCCUGCGGCUGCUGGUGCUCCUGUCGCUGGCCAUGACCGUGAUGAUCCUGCUCGAGAAGCUCUUCGUCGCCGCCGUGUGCUACGCCGCCAAGGCCUUCGGGCACAGGCCCGAGAGCCGGUACCGGUGGCGGCCGAUCACCGCAUCAGCAUGCAAAACUGGCGGCGAUGACGAGGAGGACGGCAUUGUCGUCGUCGGCAGCGGCAGUGGCAGCGCGGCGUUCCCCGUGGUACUGGUGCAGAUCCCCAUGUACAACGAGCGCGAGGUGUACAAGGUGUCAAUCGGAGCGGCAUGCGCGCUGGACUGGCCGUCGGACCGCAUGGUGAUCCAGGUGCUUGACGACUCCACCGACCCCGUUGUAAAGGAGUUAGUGAACACCGAGUGCCAGAGAUGGAAGGGCAAAGGUGUGAACAUCAGGUACGAGGUCAGAGGAAACCGCAAGGGGUACAAGGCCGGUGCGCUCAAGCAAGGGCUGAUGCGCGACUAUGCGCAGGAGUGCGAGUUCAUCGCCAUGUUCGACGCCGACUUCCAGCCUGAGUCCGACUUCCUCCUGCGGACCGUCCCCUUCCUUGUGCACAAUCCUGCCAUUGCCCUCGUCCAGACUCGCUGGAAAUUCGUUAAUUCGGAUAAGUGUUUGUUGACAAGGUUCCAAGAGAUGUCACUGGACUACCAUUUCAAGUUUGAGCAGGAGGCUGGGUCCAUAGUGUACUCGUUUUUUGGCUUCAAUGGAACAGCUGGUGUUUGGAGGAUCUCGGCAAUCAAUGAUGCCGGGGGGUGGGAGGACCGGACGACGGUGGAGGACAUGGACCUGGCUGUUCGUACAUCGCUGCUGGGCUGGAAGUUCGUGUAUGUAGGCGCCGUCAAAGUCAAGAGUGAGCUGCCAAGCACAUUCAAGGCAUACCGAUUUCAGCAACACAGGUGGUCAUGUGGACCAGCAAACCUGUUCAAGAAAAUGUUGUUAGAUAUUCUAAAGAACAAGAAAGUGUCAUUUUGGAGCAAACUCCACCUGUUGUAUGACUUUUUUUUCGUUGGGAAGAUCGCUGCUCAUACGGUGACAUUCAUCUACUAUUGCUUUGCGAUCCCGGUGUCCGUUUUCUUCCCUGAGAUUCAGAUACCUCUCUGGGGUGUGGUCUACGUUCCAACUAUUAUCACCCUCUGCAAGGCUCUUGGAUCACCAAGUUCAUUUCAUCUGGUGAUCCUUUGGGUCCUCUUUGAUAAUGUGAUGUCAUUGCACCGGAUAAAGGCCACAAUAACUGGUCUUCUCGACACUAGACGAGUCAAUGAGUGGGUUGUCACUGAGAAAUUGGGAGAUGCCAACAAGACAGAGCCAGCCAUGGAAGGAUUAGAUGAUGUGCAAGUGAUUGAUGUCGAGCUAUCGACGCCCCUAGUACCAAAGCUCGAGAAGAGGCGAACACGAUUAUGGGACAAGUACAACUGCUCAGAGAUUUUUGUUGGAACCUUCAUAAUUAUAUGUGGAUGCUACGAUGUGCUUUACGCAAAGAAAGGAUACUACAUCUACCUCUUCAUUCAAGGCCUAGCAUUCCUCGUCAUCGGUUUUGAGUACAUUGGGACACGCCCUCCUAGCACUGAAUAAGCUACCAUGCCAUUCAUGGAGCUGACACAUGUUUAUGACAAACCGUGUGCAAGUAAAGCCCCUCUCCUGCACAUAUCAAUAUCAGAACAUAUAACGAUAUAUGAAGAACUUUUCCUCGCCCCUGGUCAGAUCUGGUCCAACCUUCAAUUCUUUGUUGCGGAGAAGGCUAUCAAAAUAGCAUGGUAGCUCAUCUGAUAAUAACAUGCAAUAUUUACAGAAGCGUCAUGAUAGAAAGAUGCAUUGAACACCCGGAAGAAUAACAGAAGAUGUAAAUAAAAUAACAUGCUUGUCAAUUAUUUACAAUAGAUUAUCCAAAAUUUUAUAUGCCAAUGUACUUCCUGAUAUAGCUUAUUCAGAAUAGAGGAUGAUCAGCACUUUGUGCGGUUGUGUUCUGUAGUAGGCCAGAACAUGUAAAUGUACAUUUGCUCAACACCAUUUAUAACUCUGUCAAAUUCA